AUGAGUUUUAUUGGUGUAGCGCAGUCAGUGAGAAGUCCGGCACUGACUGGACGACCUAUGGUUCGAAACCGCACUGACGUCAACCAAGCCCUUCAUCAUCUCGAAGGUGAUAGAUUGGUACCAGGCUUGUCAGGGAGGGAUGUAGUGAAGAAGACCAAGAACACCUGGCUCCGUGCUUACCUUUUUAACACCACCGUACUACCUGCUUCGAGCUAUGCUUCGGAGUCCUUGGCGUUUUGUAAGCAGAAAGAAGACGUGGUUGGCGCCACAGACCGCUCAGAUGAAAGGCCAGGAGCAUCUCGCUUCACGCAGACGAAAGAGGCUAUUCGAAGUUCAAAUCUACGUCGAAGACAGAAGAACAGAGCCGGCACUGCAUAUGCCAAGGAAGAUAAAAUUGGAUGGACCGCUUGA